AAAUGUCUAUGGUCGGAUUCCUUUUUCAUUCGACACGAGGUGUUUCUAAUGUUUUGAAUUUAUUUUCCAUGUUUUUCUUGUAAUCAUUACGAAAAUAAUAUUCAGUCUGUUUGAACAUAACAUUGAUUUCCAUAUAAUAUUUUUGGAAUGCGUUAGUAUUUGUUUAAUAACUCGUAAUAGUCGGUUUUAGUAGUUUCACCAGCACCGGGUGGAUGGUGGAACUAUCAUUAAUUGCAUAUAAAUUCUUUCAAGUUUCUUUUGAUAUAAAAAUAUUUUAUAAAAUUUCAUUUUAGUAUCUUGUGACACAGCGAACAUGAAGUAAAAGAUCAUUCUAUGGGGAUUGUUUUAUUGCAAGGAGUUGUGAGAUUGAACGGCAAUGAAUGUGGGCGGAGUUGGUGUAGAAGUGGCAGGGGAGGUGGCACUGAUAGCUGAUGAACUCAGCCGUGCAGUAGAGCUGACUCUUAACCCAGCCGCAUCGCAUGAGGCACGCAGCCAAGCCUACAACGCUUGUGAAAAUUUCAAAGAGAAUUCACCAUGGUGUGCCCAAGCUGGUCUGAUACUGGCCAGUGGAAGCCAGUAUUCUCCUGUAGUGAAACACUGUGGCCUACAAUUGAUGGAGCACACUGUCAAGUACAGAUGGACCCAAAUUACCCAAGCUGAGAAGAUCUUUAUUAAGGAAAAUGCAAUGAAGCUCCUCUACAUGGGUGGAUGGGGAACGAGGCAUCUGAAUGAUGCAUUGGCUAGGGUGAUAGUGGAGAUGAUCAAGCGUGAGUGGCCGCAGCAAUGGCCGACGUUGCUCGCAGAGCUCAGCGACGCAUGCGCGAGUGGACAUGAGCAGACACAGAUCGUGCUCCACGUGUUCCUGAGGCUGGUGGAAGAUGUGGCUACACUACAGACUCUGGAACAACACCAGCGUCGCAAGGACAUAUAUCAGGCGCUGACGAGCAACAUGUCGGAGAUAUUCGCGUUCUUCAUGCGGCUGAUCGAGUUGCACGUGCAGGAAUUCAGGGAGAAGACUGCGGCCGGUGACUAUAACGCGGCCGCGAGCAACGAGAGGGUUGUACAGGUGGUGCUCCUAACAUUAACUGGUUUUGUGGAGUGGGUAUCCACAAACCACGUGGUGAUGAACAACGGCCGCCUCCUGCAGAUCCUGUGUAUCCUACUUCAGGACGGAGUGUUCCAGUUAGCUGCAGCCGAAUGUCUUUUGCAAGUUGUCAAUAGGAAAGGCUCAGCUAAAGAGAGGAAGCCGCUGAUGAUAUUGUUCAGUGAGGACGCGAUAUCAUGCAUCCAUCGAGCCGCUCUCGCCGCCAUUAAUACUGUCGACGAAGCGCAUUAUUUGUUCCUAAAGAAAUUGUCUCAGGUGUUAGUAGGUUUAGCGCAACAACUCACAUCACUAUGGAGCAACGCCACCAACGUGGAGUCAUGGCUGCCCGUGCUGUUAGAGACGAUGCUGCUGCUGACGUCCCACGCGUCGCUCACGCUCGCCCACACCGCCAACAACGUGUGGCUCGCGUUCAUCAAGCACGAGCAGAUCAGCAAGCAGCCGCACGUGCUGGCCGUGGUGCCGAGGUGGCUGCAGGCCGCCGCGCCUAAAGUACUCAAGGUGACAUACCCGUCGUCUCGAGUGAGCGGCGCGACCGACGCCAUAGCAUACGCUUGUAUGGACUACGACUCCGAACAAGAGUUCGCUAUAUUCUUCAACCGUUGUCGGACCGAGAUAUUAGAUAGUUUUAGGUAUUGUAUGACAGCUGCCCCACUAGUCACGUGGUCGUACGUAGAACAAUGGACGCAGGCGGCGCUAGACAAGGUGGACACGUGCCCGCCCAACUUGGACGCUCAGCACCCCCUCUAUAUUGAAUGGGAGGCGUUGUCGCAGGUGUUGGACGUGGUGCUGUCGCGGCUGCUGCAGGCGGAGCCGCGGCCGAGCGUGUCGGCGGGCCUCACGCUGCUGCGGCGCUGCGUGGCGUGCGACCCCGCCGACCCGCUCAUACUCUCUUUAUUGUUGUCGCUUAUAUCGGCGCUCUUCGUCUUCCUCAGCUGUGCCUAUAGUCAAAUUGCAGGCGCGGGCGCGGGUGCGGCGGGUGCAGAGCUGCUGCCGCGCGUGCUGGACAAGGUGUUCGCGGCGCUGGUGUUCGAGCAGCACGCGCACGCGCACGCGGGGCAGCCUCCGCACGCACGCCGUUCGCGCAGCGUCAAAAACGUGCGCCGACACGCCGCCGGGUUGCUUGUUAAACUCGGAUCAAAGUACCCGCUCCUCCUGCUGCCGGUGUUCGGUCGGCUGCAUGAGAUGUGCCGCGCGGCGCUGGCGCGGCCCGACCUGAGCGUGGUGGAGAGCGUGACGCUGCAGGAGGCGCUGCUGCUCGUCUCCAACCACUUCUGCUGCUACGAGAGGCAGAGUGCACUCGUCGCUGAGGUGCUUGGCGACUGCAGCUCCCGUUGGGCAUCACUGAGCCCGCAUGUGAGUACAGCGGCGGGUCUGGCGCGACUGGUGGGGCUGGACGCGGCGCCCGCUGACGGCGACGCGGAUGACGAACGUGGCCUUGCGCGUCGGCACCUGCUGCACGCUCUCACGCUGCUACUCGGCGUCGUGAAGCGCACACAGGUGCCCGCCGACCCGGACAAAGCAUCCCGUGGUGGUUUCGGUGGCGGCGUGACGGCGGCGGGCAACCCGGUGUGGCGCAACCCGUGCGCAGCGCACGUGCUGCCGCUGUUCCCGGGCGCGCUGGCGCUGUGUCGCGCGCUGCACGAGCUGCACGCGCCGGGUGCACGCGCGCUGCGCCACGCCGCACACGCGCAUGCGCUGCGCCCGCCGCCCGCCGAGCGACGCAACCUGCUCGGCCUGCGCGACCCACGCGACGCGCCGCCGCCGCCGAGAGACGCCGACGCGCCGCGACCGCUGCCGCACCACCGCAUGCAGGCCUAUCUGCACACACUACACGACAAUGUGUGUCACCUGGUGGGUGCAGCGGCGACGACGCUCGGUCGCGAGCUGUACGCAGUGCCGGGCCUGACCCGCUACCUGACUGGCUCUCUGCUGUUCGGACUAGAGCAUCUGCCCGACCACUGGCUUCGACCCAUCGUACGCAACGCACUCAAGCCGCUCAUACUGCACUGUCCGCCGGCGCAUUACGCCGACGUGGCGCUGCCAUUGCUAGAACAUUUUGGUCCCUUCAUGCUAAUGCAUCUAACGCACCGGUGGGAAUAUAUCACAGCGCUAUACGAGUCUGGUAAACUAGAGGAGACAGAAAGCGGCAGCGAAUCACAAGAGGUGCUCGAGGACAUACUCGUGCGGAAUCUCACGCGAGAGCACUUAGAAGUAGUUAAAGUGUCGUUGGUGGAGGGCGGCGUGGUGACGGAGGCGUGCGCGGGCGACAUGGAGGAGGACUCGCCCGCGCCGCCCGCCGCUCCGCAGCGCGCUCCCGAGACCGUGUCGGAGCUGGGCGCGCUGGUGCUGGCGCACCCGCUGGCCGGGCCCGCCGCGCUGCACACGGUGCUGCGCGCGCUCACCUGGGGCGACUCGACUUCGUCGCUGCGCGCGUGCGCACUGGCGCUGCCUGCGCUGGUGUCGGCGCUGGGCGGUAGCGGCGCGGGAGGCGCGGGCGGCUGGGCGGGCGCGGCGGAGGCGGCAGGCGCGCUAGCGGCGGCGCUGCACGCGCUACGCACGCACGGACAGCACGACGCCAACCAGGCCGCACUACUCGCACUCGCCGUGCAGACGUACGAAGUACUACGGCCACGUUUCCCAAGCAUAGCCAACGUGUUGCGCGCCAUCCCGGACGUGGACGCGCACGAUCUGCAACGACUUGAUGACAAAAUUGCCGCCAACCCCGGCAAACCCGCCAAGAUAGACAAGGGCAAGCGCGACUUGUUCAAGAAAAUUACUUCUAGGUUAAUCGGACGCAACGUAGGUCAGUUGUUCAAGAAGGAAGUGUUUAUUCUGGACCUGCCUACGAUGCACACUCCUAAAGAGAAGCCGCGCAGCGCCGUGGAGUCUGCGGAAGGCGCCGGCCUCGAAAACCUAUUUGCACCCAGCGCGACCACCUAACCACAGCCAAUUAGCCAUACUACUACUUACUUACUGUGAAUGUACUAUAUGUUAUUAAAUUAUAUUAUUAAAGUUUAUAUGCUUUUAUUAA